AUGACCUCAUCUUCAAAUUCCGACAAAACUCUCCUCUUGGACGGUUUAAUUUCUAUUGAAUACAACACAACCGAUCGUUAUGCCAUCAUUUCAUUGUGCAGUAAGCCUGUAAAUUCUCUGACUCAACCCAUGAUGCAAGGAAUUAUUGAUGCCAUCGAGUUAGUGGAGAAGAAUAAGGCGAUGAAUGCAAUCAUUUUCACGUCGGCUGUUCCUAAAAUAUUCACAGCUGGUUUGGAUUUGAAAUCAAUGUAUCAAGUUCCCAAAGACAAGUUUAUUGAAUUUUGGUCGACUUUGCAAAAAUUCUUCUUGAAAGUGUAUAUUUGCCCAUUGUUCACAAUUUCAUUGAUUAAUGGACAAUGUUUUGCAGGUGGAUGCUUGUUUAGCUUGGCAUGUGAUUAUAGAAUUAUUCAUAACGAUUAUUCGAUUGGUUUGAAUGAAACAAAAUUUGGUUUGGUUCCACCCAAUUGGUUUUGUGAUGCAUAUGAAACAGUAAUUGGAAAGCGUCAAUGCGAACUGCAUAUUCAAUUAGGAACCUUACAUACAGCCCAAGAAGCACUCAAAAUUGGCCUUGUCGAUGAAGUUCACACAGAUUUUGAGGUUAUGAAAAAUUCUGCAAUAAUGCAAGUGAAAAAGUGGAAUAAGGUACAUCAAGUCGCAAGACGUGCAUCCAAGUAUGUGCUUAGAAAACCACUGUACGAUAAGAUUACCGAAAUUUCUAAAUCUGAUAUUGAGUUUGCCUCAAAUUGGGUUGGUUCACCUGAGGUUCAAAAAGCUCUUGGAACUUAUUUGCAAAGUUUACAAAAGAAACCUGAAGCCUCACAAAGAUCAUCCAAGUUAUAA